GGACCAUGCUGCCGGCUGGCCGCCUCUGGUUGAGGCGGGUGAUGAGCGGGGUCGCCGCCGCCGCCGAGCUCCCGCCCCCGGCCAGGAGGUGGCUGGUGGCCGGGCUGGGGAACUAUGGGAUGCAGGGCACGCGGCACAACGUGGGCAUGGCCGUGCUGAACCAGCUCGCCCGGCGCCUGGAUGUGGCCGACCAGUGGAAGAAGGAGCGGAGGUGCUGCGCGGACCUGGCCGUCGCCCGGGUCGGGGAGACCGAGCUGUUGCUCCUCAAUCCCCGAAGGCUGAUGAACGUCAACGGGCACAGCGUGGCCCAGGCCGCCAAGAUGUACACUCUGCAAGCUGAGGAUGUCUACCUGGUACACGACGAGCUGGACAAGCCACUCGGGAAGUUGGCCAUGAAGCUGGGAGGAAGUGCGAGGGGUCACAACGGAGUGCGGUCCUGCAUCAACUGUUUCAGCUCGGACGCCAUGCCCAGGCUCCGGGUGGGCAUCGGCCGCCCUACCCACCCUGAGGCUGUGGAGCGCUACGUGCUGGGCAGGUUCACGGAGGCUGAGCGGGAGCGGCUGCCCCGGCUCCUGGACGAGGCGGCGGAGCUGCUACUGAGCCACAUCCUCCAGCGGAGCCCGGAGAGGACAGAUGGCACCAAAGGCCCGAGACCCAGCGCCCCCAGAGCCCCCAGCACCUGCUGACAGCCCACAGGCCGGCGGGACUCAUAAACACUCUUGGCUCUGUC